CAAAAGCACUUCUCAAAAGUGUGUCAUCUUAUAUCCAGGAUGUUGAAAGCUGUGAUUCAUUCAAAAAGACCCACGAUGGAACCCCCAUCUGUCCUUGUGGAGCUAUCGCCAACAGCAUGUUCAAUGACACCAUCAUUCUUUUAUAUAAAAUUAAUUCAUCUGUAUAUAUCAAAGUCCCAAUGCUAUCAAGGGGAAUUACAUGGUGGUCAGACAAGUUCAUCAAGUUUCAGAACCCAACUUCCAAUGAUCUUCCUAGUGCAUUUGCAGGAACUGCAAAGCCCCCAAACUGGCCUAAGCCUAUCUAUGAACUGGACGAAGUGGACUCAGGGAACAAUGGCUUCAUCAAUGAGGACUUCAUUGUGUGGAUGCGGACAGCUGCCUUUCCCACUUUCAAGAAACUACACCGUCAACUCCAUCGAGUACAGCAUUUUACUGAAGGUUUGCCUGCUGGUAACUAUAGUUUCGACAUAACCUACAACUUUCCAGUCACCAGAUUCCGAGGCGAGAAGUCAGUCGUUCUUUCCACCCUGACGUGGAGCGGGGGCAGCAGCCUUUUCCUCGGUCUCGCCUACACAGUGACAGGCGCCGUGACGUGGUUGGCCUCCUUCUCCAUGAUGGCGAUUCACUUGAUGCUGGCCAAAAGGAAAAUGUUCUUCCCCAACUACAAAGUCAAGCUUUGAAGAGAAGAGCAGAAAGCACGGAAGUGGACGGUGAAGUGACAGAGCCAAAGACCUCUGACGAGGCUGGAAGUGACUGGGAUAUUUCAAGGGGGACUGCACUGAGGGGCCAGGUUCAAUCCCAGGUGGAUAAAUGAGAGUUUCCGGGGAGGCGGA